AUGAUAUAUUACGCAAUGAUAGGAAUACCUUUAACCCUUCUGUACCUGUCGAGCGUCGGUUCCAUACUCAGCAGAGUGGCUAGAGGAGUCUUCUCAAGGGCUCUGUGCUGCUGUCUUUGCUCGAAUUGUGGAUACUGUUGCUACGAUGAGAAGAGGAUGGCUGAAAAGGAGAGAAAGAUGAAGAGGAAGAGGCAACAGUUGGAGUUACAGCAGCAGAUGGGCUUGCAGGAGCCGUUUUAUGUUAGGAGUAACUCAAAUUUUGGGAACAACAUCCACAGUCCAAAUAAGGACGGGGUAGUCAAAGAGAUAGAUUCGUUGAGUAAUGAUAACGAGUCCAAAACCUCAAUGCAUGGGUGGUCAAUAUUAGCUCCAAUAUUACUAUGUCUGAUAAUGAUGUUUAUAUAUAUUUGUAUCGGAACUUUCGUCCUCUACAAGCUGGAGAAUUGGUCUUUACUGGAUGGUUUUUACUUCUGCUUCAUGAGCCUCACCACCAUAGGUUUUGGUGACAUGAUUUCCGGAAAUGAACCUUUCCUGAUGAACGAAUCAAACACAACCAUCUGGUUCUGCUCCAUCUACAUUAUGUCCGGUAUGGCUCUAACAGCAAUGUGCUUCAACGUAGUGCACGACGAAAUCGUGCACAGACUAAGGCACCAAGACAAAAUCACCACCAAAAAAACAUCCCAAAACUUCCCAGACGAUAUAAACGACCCAAACUUGACGGAAGAAACCCUACUGAGCACCGGAACCCCGACUUCCUUAAUCGACAUGAACCACGAAAUAGUGUCGAUCAACACCAAAAUACCGGAAGUGAUCGAAAACACGAUAAUCACGGGCGUGUACACUCUCCCGGAAGAACCCGAAAACGAAGAGAACGCCGAGGAGAACACCGCGAUGUAA